AUACGUCCUUCUUUCUCCACCCCGCCGAGCCUAAACUAGAGACGGGGAGGCAGACAGGAUAGUGUGUCGGUUUCGUGGUCUCUGAAUCCACAACCUCUAGUCUGAACACAGAGAACACAAAUUUGUCGAUCACUUCAGGAAGCCCAGGAAGAACCACGCCCCGCUGAAGGGCUCAGGGAACGCGCGCUCCCCCGUCCCGCCCCCUCCUCCCCCAGCACUCACUCUGUGGUAGCGGCGGAGGGCGGAGGGAUCCGGAGGCGGCGGAGGGAGACGUCAUUGCAGGGUUGUUUGUCAGUCUUGGCGGCGGCGGCGGCGGCGGCGGCGGCGGCAGCGGCGAUCCACAGUGAUUCGGCCGCCGCGCCGGGGGGUGGGGGGGCUGCGCGGGACUCUUUUCUUUCAGACUGACCGCGGGGCAGCUGCGGAGCAUGUCGACCCCGGCCCGAAGGAGGCUUAUGCGGGAUUUCAAGCGGUUACAAGAGGACCCACCUGUGGGUGUCAGUGGCGCACCAUCUGAAAACAACAUCAUGCAGUGGAAUGCAGUUAUAUUUGGACCAGAAGGGACACCUUUUGAAGAUGGUACUUUUAAACUAGUAAUAGAAUUUUCUGAAGAAUAUCCAAAUAAACCACCAACUGUUAGGUUUUUAUCCAAAAUGUUUCAUCCAAAUGUGUAUGCUGAUGGUAGCAUAUGUUUAGAUAUCCUUCAGAAUCGAUGGAGUCCAACAUACGAUGUAUCUUCUAUCUUAACAUCAAUUCAGUCUCUGCUGGAUGAACCGAAUCCUAACAGUCCAGCCAAUAGCCAGGCAGCACAGCUUUAUCAGGAAAACAAACGAGAAUAUGAGAAAAGAGUUUCGGCCAUUGUUGAACAAAGCUGGAAUGAUUCAUAAUAGACAACUGGUCUGUUAAUCUUUUUCAUCAUUGUUGUGUAUAAUUUACCUCUCAGUAGAAAGGCUAACAAAUUUUAAGUGCCACAGGUUUUAAGGAUUCUGCAGAAAAAAAAGAAAAAAGUCCUUCAGUUUAGAACCUACAAAAGCUUGUGUAUCUUGAUUAAUGUACUUUUUAUUGCAUGGUGUGAACUAAGUUAUUGCUGCAUAAAUUUGUAAUAUAUCCUGUUUGUAUUUUUUUCCAAGUGUAUAAUGUUGGUGUGGAGUUUUCAUGACAGAAUAUACACAUUUUGUAAAUCUGUACUUUUUUCAAAUAUUGAAUGCCUUAUUUUUGAAUUCUUUAGAUUUUUAAAUUGGAGAAAAGCACUUAAAGUUUUUUAUAUAUGAAUAUUACAUGUAAAGCUGUUAAAAUACAUAACUUCAGUGCAAGAGACUUUGUCACUUAUUUCCUUAUGUGUGUAGGAGGGGUUAAUAAGUCUCUAGCUCUCCAUCUAUUGAUAGUUUCAUUUACAAUUUCAAAAGAACAUUCUUACAUUUUAUCAAGGAAGUCUUCAAAUUUGAUUCUAAAUAGCAAUUAUAAUCUCCAACUUUAUUUUGAAUGUACCUAUAUUAGUUUCAAUUGAGUAAUUCUAGACAUAACUGGUUUGGUUCUGUCCAACUCUGUAUUUAGGCCAUUUGUUACAGUUUCUUCAUGCAUUACUUACUGUUAAAACUGUACCUUUGGGCCAGGCGCGGUGGCUCAAGCCUGUAAUCCCAGCACUUUGGGAGGCCGAGACGGGCGGAUCACAAGGUCAGGAGAUCGAGACCAUCCUGGCUAACAUGGUGAAACCCCGUCUCUACUAAAAAAAAUACAAAAAACUAGCCGGGCGAGGUGGCGGACGCCUGUAGUCCCAGCUACUCGGGAGGCUGAGGCAGGAGAAUGGCGUGAACCCGGGAGGUGGAGCUUGCAGUGAGCUGAGAUCCGGCCACUGCACUCCAGCUUGGGUGACAGAGCGAGACUCCGUCUCAAAAAAAAAAAAAAAAAAAAAAACUGUACCUUUUGCGGUUUCACAGUUAGCACUUCUGCCACGAGCAGAGAACUAAUGCGACUUGUUUUGCUGUUUGGUAGCACUUUAAAAAUUUUUUGAUUAAUGAAGAAAGUAAAACCAUAAACAUUUGCCAAAAAUUCAUGCCCCAGUAUUAGCAAUGAAUUGAUUGCAUUGGUUUGAGAAAGGCACAUCUUGGAGGGAAAUCUUGGUGUAACUUAAAUAUUUGAAAAUUACCUUUAAUGCAAUGCAUAUCUGUUUAUUCUGGGAAAUGUUUUAAUGCCAGGGCCUGCUGAGUUGCUUCUUCUUGUGGAGAUUUUUUUUUUUAAUCUCCUGAGUUGUAUAAAAGUUGUACUGCAUCUUAGUUUACUGGAUAAAUUUAAAACACAGUAUUGUAGAAAGCUAAUACAAAACUAUCCUAUGCCUUCAAAUAGUAUAGAAAAUGGAAAAUAUACAAGUAAAUUCUGUUGAACCACCUGUGUAGUCUCUCUAGUAGAUAAAACAGCUAUUUCAGUAACCCCAAGAGUUUCUUGUCAUAUCCAUAAGAUUGGGUUACAGUAUGGCAAUAUCUACAGCUUCUAUUCAUUAUGCAAUGUUUAACAUUGAUUGGAUAAAUGAUUAUGGGCUGGGCCACGUGGCUCCCACUUGUAAUCCCAGCACUUUGGGAGACAAAGACAGGAGGAUCACUUGAGGCCAGGACUUCGAGACCAGCCAGGGCAACAUAAUAAGACUUUGUCUCUACUUUAAAUUUUUAUAAAAUCAAUUGGGCAUAGUGGCGCUUGCCUGUAGUCACAGCUACUUAGGAGGCUGAGGUGGCAGAAUAGCUUGUGCCUAGGAGGUUGAGGCUGCAGUGAGCUGUGAUUAUGCCAUUGCACUCCAGCCUGGGUGACAGAGCAAUACCCUGUCUUUAAAAAUAAAAGCUAUUACUUGGCAAAUUCUGGGGUAAGUGUAUGAUCUUAGGGAACUUUGAUACCAAUGGGAAUUCACUCACUGGAAUCGUGGCUCCCAAAAAGAUGCUUUAAUUGUGUGGUGCUUUUAUAAUUUAGCUCCAAAACAAAUUAUAGACAUUCACUCCAGUAACUCCUAGAUUAAAUAUACAGUAGCCAUGAGGGUCUGCCCUCUUAUUUCAUUAAAUGCUAUCUGGUUACU